AUGUCUCUUGAAAACCCACUCAAGAGACCCCACCAAAAGGCUUACUCGGUCAUUUCUCACAAGGUUUUUGUGAGAUCGUCCAAGGCCGGUAAUGCUACUAAACUUUAUCGCGAACAGUACCUUCGUACAGAUAUUCCAUGCUCUUCUGCACUUUGUGACUUAUGUGCAGGAAUUACUCCGACACUUCCAGAUGGAUCAGUUCAGCUACCUAUCCUUGCCCGUGAUCCCAAUUCUACUUCCAAGCGUGGACCUCACUAUCUUGUCAUUGAUACUAACAUUGCUCUCCGUGCUAUUGACGCGCUUGAACUCAAGUCUGCCUUUUUCGACAUUAUCAUUCCGCAAACUGUUUUGGAAGAGGUUCGCAAUCGAUCUCUCCCUGUUUACCAGCGGUUGCGUAAUCUUUCCAAGGACGCUGAUGAAAAACGAAUUUAUGUUUUCCACAAUGAGUUCCGUCAAGAAACUCACAUUGUACGUGAGAAAAACGAAACCAUCAACGACCGCAAUGACCGCGCAAUUCGCAAGGUUGUAGAGUUUUACAAUAACCAUUUGGCUGCACACGCCACCGCCUUGUCCAAGGAACUCAAUGUCUCCAUCCCCCAAGUCAUUUUGCUUUCGGAAGACAAGGCCAACCGCCAAAAGGCUCAAGCCGAAGGUAUAACUGCACUUUCCAUUCGCGAAUACAUUUCGGAACUCCCUAAUAGCGAUGAAAUUCUCGAUAUGCUCCCAUCUGAGGAGGACACCUCCAAAUCUUCGGAAAAUCAGUUUGAAUACCCAGAAUAUUACCCUCAAUCUCGUGUUCUUGGUGGCGUUAAGAACAAUACACUUUUCCGUGGUAAGCUUGAAAUUAACCGUUACAAUUUCUUGGAAGGCACAGUUUCUACACGCGCUUAUCCUCGUCCUAUUCUCAUUCUCGGCCGCAAAAACCUCAACCGUGGCUUUAACGGCGAUACUGUUGUUGUCGAGCUUUUACCCAAGAGCCAAUGGAAGUACCCUUCUUCCGAAGUUAUUGAGGAGGAAAAACUUGAUCAGCUUGACGGUGCUGAUAAUGAAGAUGAAUUUAUCAUUUCCGAGGCUGAGCGCAAAAUGCUUUCUCAGGAGGCUCUUAAAGCACAAGAGGCUGUAAACAAAAAGAGUGACGAAGAAGAAGUUCCUGCUCUUCGAAUCCAACCUACUGCUCGUAUUGUGGCAAUUGAAAAACGCAGCUGGCGUUUCUACGUUGGCCACAUUCCUUCUAACUCUGUGACUGUGGACGACACAAACUCGCUUAAGAAUGUUUUUGUAAGCCCACUCGAUAAGUGCAUUCCUCGUAUCCGCAUCCGUACACGCAAGGCUCAAGAGCUUAUGGGCAAGCGACUGGUUGUGGCCAUUGACUCAUGGUCACGCACAAGCAAGCAUCCAGACGGCCAUUUUGUACGGGCGUUAGGUGACAUUGAGACCAAGGAAGCAGAAACAGAAGCCUUGCUACUGGAGCAUGAUGUGGAGUAUAGACCUUUUUCCAAAGCUGUACUCAAAUGUUUGCCCCCCGAGGGCCACGACUGGAAAUGUCCAGAAAAGCUGCAGGGCAGUGGCGACCCAAAGCUGGAAAAAAGACGAGAUUUACGUCACUUGGAUGUGUGCAGUAUUGACCCUCCACGAUGUCAGGAUAUUGAUGAUGCUCUUCAUGCAAGGCCUUUGCCCAAUGGCAAUUACGAAGUUGGUGUUCAUAUUGCUGAUGUGACUCACUUUGUCAAGCCCAACACACCUCUUGACGAAGAAGGUUCGCGCCGUGGUACAUCUGUUUACCUUGUGGACAAGCGUAUUGAUAUGCUGCCCAUGCUUUUGGGUACCGAUUUGUGUUCGUUGAUUCCUCGUGUGGAUAGAUUUGCAUUUUCAGUUUUGUGGGAGCUAUCUCCGGACGCCAAGAUUGUGAAUGUUGAGUUUACAAAGUCUGUGAUUCGAUCGCGUGAGGCUUUUGAGUAUGGCGAGGCUCAGGCUCGAAUUGACGACGCUUCUAACAAUGAUGACUUGACUAAGGGUAUGCGUAUUUUGCUAGACUUAUCAAUCAAGUUGAAACAACAGCGUAUGGAUGCUGGUGCACUUAACCUGGCGUCACCUGAAGUCAAGGUUCACACAGAUAGCGAGACUUCGGACCCCUCUGAGGUGGAGAUCAAGCAGCUUCUUGCAACCAACUCACUUGUUGAGGAGUUUAUGCUUUUGGCCAACAUUUCAGUGGCACGACAGAUUUACCAGGCGUUCCCACAGACAGCCAUGUUGCGUCGUCACGGUGCUCCUCCGGCUACCAACUUUGAUGUUUUGAAUGAGCAGCUGCGGGUUAAGAAGGGUUCAGAGUUCCAUAUUGACACUUCGUCAUCCAAGGCACUUGCCGACUCACUUGACAAGCUUGUUGAUCCCAAAGAUCCUUUCUUUAAUACACUAGUGCGUAUUAUGGCUACAAGAUGUAUGAUGGCUGCUGAGUACUUUAGUUCUGGUAGCUACUCGGAGCCCGAGUUCCGACAUUACGGUCUUGCGACAGAAAUUUACACGCACUUUACGUCACCAAUUCGAAGAUAUGCGGAUGUGGUUGCACAUAGACAGCUUGCUGCUUCAAUUAGCUACGAGCCAUUGGACCAGGUGCACCGUGAUAAGGAAAAGAUGGAACGGGUAUGCUUCAACAUCAACAAGCGCCACCGCAACGCACAGUUCGCCGGGCGAGCAUCUAUUGAGUACUAUGUGGGACAGCUGUUGAAGCGGGAAGGCAGUGAUGCGACGUCGGUGACACAUGAGGGCUACAUUAUUAAGGUGUUUAGUAACGGUGUUUCAAUUCUGGUGCCCAAGUUUGGAGUGGAGAGUUUGAUCCACUUGGAAGGUCUGGGCGAUCCAGAAACUGCACGAUACGUUGAGGAAACAUUUACAUUAGAAAUUGAGCGGACAGACUCGAAGACCGGGAAGCGACAGGUGCGUGCACUGAGCGUGUUUGAUCGGAUCAUGGUGAGCGUUCAUUCCGUCAAGGACGAGUCUUCUGGCAAGCGUAAGGUACAGAUGCAGUUGGCUGAUUAG